CCGGAAACAGUAUCGGGUACGUCUUUAUUAUGAUCCCCCGCAUUUGACUCUUAUCCGAUGUAAGUGUGCUCUAUUUUCAGAGCUAUAGGAAUAUCAGAAUGGAUGUCCUUGAUCACAUGCUGACAGACCCCCUGGACUCAGAGAAGGCCAAUGAUGGGCACAUCACUGAAGAGUGUAUGUUGGGAGACUGUCGAGUGAGCCUUCCAGAAGACCUGCUUGAGGAUCCUGAAAUCUUCUUCACUGUGCUGAGUGAAAGCACAUGGUCUAAAGUACUGACCGAUGAACAGAGGCAGCAUCUCCGUCAAUUGUUACCUCAGUUUCCCGACGACAACACCUCUGAACAGGACUGCACCAUCAGCGACCUCUUCAACAACCAGAACUUCUGCUUCGGAAACCCCUUGCACCUUGCACAGAAACUGUUCGGAGAUGGCCAUUUUAAUCCAGAAGUGGUCAUGUACAGAGAGCUGUGUGCCAAGUCCCAGAAAAAAUGCCAGCUCUACUCUUUGCAGCAGUACUACCACAAACUCCUCAAACAGAUCCUGGUCUCUAGAAAGGAACUACUGGAGUUGGCGGUCCGCAGUGGCCCUGACAUCGCGGUAAAGAGAAAGUGCCCCGCCCGGACGCCUGGUGAGAUGCAGGAACAGAGGUUCAGAGGAAGAGUCUGCUGGAUACUAAGGGAAGUUAAAACGGAGUGUGGAGACCGAUACCCAUCAUCUGACGAUGAUGCCUCUUCGCUGCCAACACCUCGGCCUCCUUCCUCUCCCACACCUACUGUCUUUGUCAGGGUUCUGCCCAGUCUCUCCACCCAGGACAUGAAGACCACAGCUAAACCAGAGCUGGGAGAGAAGGACAUGAGAGCCAUGCUACGGAGACAUAGAGAAAAGAGGAGACGACAACCGGAUCAUCCAGAUUUGAUGACCUCUGACAUCCACUUGGGCGACAUGAUGUCUAGAGUGGACGUGGGUCGUAAAGGAGCCAUGAUGGCACUGUUUGAACUGGGUCGGCCCAAGAGGAAGAUGAGGAGAAAAAAGAUGAGGAGAAUUAAAGUGGAGUCCGAGGAUCCCUGUCAGGCUCUGAUGCCUUCAGAAGCUCCAGCUCUAUCACUUGACACCCCAGCUGCUCUUCCUGACACCCCAGUCCCUCCACUGCCCAGUGUCAAGGAAGAGCCGUUGGGGGAGGUGCAGAACAGCCCUGUCAUGGCAGAGGAGAUUGCUGUGACCUUCUUCAACCUGCUGGAGAAUAUCCUGAGACUAGAGGGGCUCGCCAGCACAGCCAUGUUGGAGGAGAAGGUCCGACAGUGGCAGACAUCUCCAGCUAGUUCCCGGAACCCCCGGUUCUCCUCGGCCUCCUGCUGGUCAGAGAUGGUGCUGCCGGCCCUGCACUUCCUGGCUGGGGAGACUAAAGUUGGUAUGAUGGCUCUUCCCAGUGGCUUCACCCCUUGUGUUGUGUUCAGGGAAAGCUCACAGCAAUGGAAAUGGAUUGGUCCAAGUGAGAAUGGAGAGAAGGAUUUGAGUGCUCUGUGUCAGCUGUGGGUCGACUCCAAGGGCCUGGUUGUGGUCAAGGCAGAAUGUGAAGAACUAGCAGAGAUGACUUCUCCCACCCCUAGAGCCAGUUGGACAGACUACGUGGUGCGGUCCAGCACUGGAGACGAGAGGCAUGUUUUUCAAGUGCAGGAGCAACAGCGGUAUGACCAGCCACACAAAGCCUUCACCUUCAGAAUGCAUGGCUUUGAGUCUCCGGUGGGGCCUGUUAAAGGGGUCUUUGACAAGGAGAUGUCUCUCAACAAAGCCAGAGAGCACACUCUGCUGCGCUCGGACCGCCCAGCCUAUGUCACCAUCCUCUCCCUGGUGCGGGACGCAGCAGCCCGGCUGCCCAACGGAGAGGGGACCAGGGCUGAGAUCUGUGAGCUGCUCAAGGACUCUCAGUUCUUGGCGCCAGAUGUCACCAGUGCUCAGGUGAACAUGGUUGUGAGUGGGGCUCUGGACAGGCUGCACUAUGAGAAGGACCCCUGUGUGAAGUAUGACAUCGUCCGCAAGCUGUGGAACUACCUGCACCGCGACCGCGGUCAGGAGGAGUUUGAGAAAAUUCACCAGGCUCAAGCUGCCGCUGCCAAGGCCAGAAAGACACUUCAGCAGAAACCUAAACUUGCAUCCAAGCCUUCUGGCAGUAAGGAGGGCGGUGGUAAGACCUCUGGAGGCCUGGAAGCUAGUCAUAUGGGGGGUCCCAUGUCCCCAACUCCCAGCACCCUUGGAACCCCCAAAUCACCCCUAGCCCCUGUAGCCACAACCCCCACCAAAGCUGGGAUCCCAGAUUCAGUCAAGACCGGUCCUGGUGUUCUCUUAGUGUCUCCUCCCCCCAUUCCUCAACUGGGGACCCUGUUGUCCAGCAGCCAGUGUGGCCCACAGGUCUCUCAGCCAGCUACCUCCCAGCACUCAGCCAGGGUAGUGGGCCAUCAGUCUGGCUCUCCGCCUCAGGUAAGAGUGGUCUCUGCCCAGACAGCAAGAGGACAGCAGGCCAUGUUGGUGCACCAGACCCCUCGACAGAUCAGAGUGCCAGUCACUGUGGGUGCUAAGGGCAUCACACAGACCGUGGUGUCGUUACCACUAAGGACCCUGUCUUUUGGUAGCCCCAUCCAGGGGCAGGUAGCCAGAGGGCAGACGACCCUGUCGAUGUCAGGCCUGACCACUGCUCAGACUGGCUUCCCUGGCAGCCCUGCACACCACACAGCCUCCCCCGCUGUCCUACAGGGAGUCACCAGCCAGAACAUCAUCCAACAGGUGGCCAUCACAGGCCAGAUGGGCGUGAAGGCUCAAGGUGGAGCAGCUAUUUCAAUAGCCGCUACGGAUCUCCGCAUCCAGGGCAAAGAUGUGCUCCACCUGCCCCCCUACUCCAAAGGACAGACGGUGCUGCGGAUCACACCUGAAAUGAUGGCCACCCUCACCAAGUCCCCCGUCACCACCACCAAACUCACCCCCGACAUGUUAGGCACCGCCACCACCAAGAGCAUAUCUGCUACUCUCCAUUUGACCCCACCCCAACACUCCUCCCCCUGCAGCCCAGCCUCCUCCUCGGGUGGCGUUCUGACGAACAAAGCCUCCGCUGGCACCACCACCCUGCUGAAGGCUGCAGGGGACGCUAUGCGCCUGAUGCCCACCCUGGCGGUCGCUAUGGCCGAGCAGAAGGACCAAACCUUCUCCACCGUCUCCUCGUCUGACUCCAAGAGUGGCACCACCAUACGAAUAAUGCCCGGACUCGGGGUCAUCCCACAGAAACGGGCCAAAGCCAUCACCGUGACAACGGCCACCAGCAGCAAACCAGUCUCCACUGGGGCUGCGACUGUCCCCAAAGCCACCAGCGGCUUGGCCGUAGCUGAAGGGGUGACGAUUGGCCCUUCUGCCUCAGGCUCCCUGACUCUGGGAACAGCCACAGAUACUGUCCGCCAGGUCCCCGUCACAGCCACAGUGGUGUCCACACAACCAGGGAAGCUACCAGCUCGGAUCCCAGUGCCUCUGUCUGUCCUCAGCCAACCACUUAAAAGCAAGAGUGGGAUGACCACGCCCAUACUGAAAGGAAACAUCAGUACGAAUAUCAGCAGUCUGGGCAGGAACAUCAUCCUCACCACCAUGCCUGCAGGCACCAAGCUGAUAGCUGGGAACAAGCCAGUCAGCUUUGUCACGGCGCACCAGUUACAGCAGCUGCAGCAACAAGGGCAGACCACUCAGGUGCGUAUCCAGACGGUGCCUGCCCUGCAGCUCCAGCAGCUCUCUGCAGCAGGCUCCCCCAAGUCUGUGUCCGCUGCCGUAGUCACCACCGCACCCUCACCCAAACGAACCCCGGACCCGCCACCGCCGGCACAGUGAGACGCAGUCCCAGAGCCUGCUACUGCUCUGUGCGGUGCCACGACCUGCGCUUCAGAGGCAAGUGAUGCUUGGGAGCCAUAGCGCAUCUCUGCUCUCUCAAUGUUUUGGAGGACACUGAUGUCUGGAGAGUUUGCAGCAGAUGAACGGAGUAAUCCCUGGACAGCGUAAACCAUUUGGAGACAUUUGGUUUCACCUGACAUACAGUGCCUUCUGAAAGUAUUCAUACCCCUUGACCUAUUCCACAUUUUGUUGUUACAGCCUGAAUUCAAAAUGGAUGAAAUAGAUUUGGUUUCUCACCCAUCUACACACAAUGCCCCAUAAUGAUAAAGUGAAAACAUGUUUUUAGAAAUGUUAGCACAUUUUAUUGAAGAUUAAAUGCAUAUCUCAUUUGCAUAAGUAUUCACACCCCUGAGUCAAUACUUUGUAGAAGCACCUUUGGCAGCGAUUACAGCUGUGAGUCUUUCUGGGUAAGUCUCUUAAGAGCUUUGCACAUCUGGAUUGUGCAACAUUCCCCAUUAUUCACUUCAAAAUGAUCAGCAACCUCUGACAAAUUGGUUGCUGAUCAUUGCUAGCCAACCAUUUAAGUCUUGCCAUAGAUUUUCAAGCAGAUAUAAGUCAAAACUGUAGUUCGGCCACUCACGAUCAUUCACUGUCUUUUUGGUAAGCAACUCCAGUGUAGAUUUGGCCUUGUGUUUUAGGUUACUGUCCUGCUGAAAGGUGAAUUCCUCUCCCGGUGUCUGGUGGAAAGCAGACUAAAGCAGGUUUUCCUCUAGGAUUUUGCCUGUGCUUAACUCCAUUCCUUUUAUAUCCCGAAGAAAUGUAUGAUUACAAGCAGUGGAGGCUGUUGACCGGAGGACGGCUCAUAAUAAUGGCUGGAAUGGAGUGCAUGGAAGCCACAUGUUUGACACAAUUCCAUUUAUUCCAGUCCAUCCAUUACGAUGAGCCGUCCUCCCUUCAGCAGCCUCAACUGAUUACAAGCAUACCCAUAACAUGAUGCAGUCACCACUAUGCUUGACAAUAUGGAGAGUGGUACUCGGUAAUGUGUUCUUUUGGAUUUGCCCCAAACAUAACACUUUGUAUUAAGA